AUCGCUCUCAAGAUAAGCGGUGUAAAGCAAUUAUUGUUAUCAUGGCAAUAAGACGAUUUUCAUUGUCUCAUGAAGGAGUUAGAUAUAUACAGGGUGUUUGGAACAUCGAUAGGAAUAUUUUAAUGACUGAUAGUUGGGUCAUUUGGAAACUGUUUGACCAUAUUUACCCUCAUGCAAAGUUUCGCCGUUUUUUGAGAUAUCGCCAUUUUUAGAUAUUUUGAAUCUAUGUAUUUUAACACAUAAUUUGGGCUACAAAUUUUUUGUAUCAAUCAUUCGUUUUUUUUCCGUAUUUUUCGAAAGAUUGCAUAUAGGAGUAUCGGAAAAAACAUUUGAGAACGGUUAAAGUGUAUACUAUCAAAAAAAAAAAAAAAAAUAUGUUUUAGGAACAAUUCAAAAAUAUCUAAAAAUGGCGAUAUCUCAAAAACGACGAAACUUUGAAUAAGGGUAAAUGUGGUCAAACAGCUCCCAAAUGACCCCAACUAUCACUCAUUGAAAACUUCCUAUCGAUGUACCAAACACCCUGUAUAGUGUUAGCUUAUCAAACCUAAAAUAAUUUAGAAAUAUUUUUUUGUUGAGGACAACCACUAAGUGUAGGAUGGCCGAAUGUAAAAAUUUAUGCAAUGUAAAUAAAUUCUAUCAUUUGAAAAACCAAGUAGGCACCACUGAAAGGAAGGUUCAGACCUAAAAACCCAAGAAUGUCAGGGAAAGCGAGCAAUAAAAAAAGGGCCCAGACAGAGAUAGAAAAACAAUUGCAGGCAGCGGAAGGGGUUGCUUUUGGGAAGGCCAGGGAGUCUAGUACCCUCUAGGGUUCGAAAUAGAUGUGGUUGUAAAAAUGUAAAAUCGUAUUAUUAAAGCUAAAAGUAUUUUUCCCGUGAGAGACUGACUUUUAUUUAUUUCGUCUUUGCCUAAAUUUUGUCUUACUUCACACUCCUCGAAAAAAUAUUCUGGGUGCGCUACUGGAGUGGCCGAUGGGCAGCUUAACACGCAGUGAAGUGCCCUCCACGAUUCCAAAUGCAAUAAAGUUUCCCAUUAUCAUAAAAAAAGCGAAAAUAUUUUUUUAAUUAUUGCUAAUAUUAAUUAAUAAUAUGAUAAUUAUUCCUAAAGUUAAAAAAAAGUCAAAUAGAGCAAAAUAAUAAGUGGUAUUAACUUUUUUAUUUUUAUAAUUAUUAACAAAAGUUCCUUGAAUUUUGCUUGAAUAGACAAAAAGAAAAUUUUCAUUACUCAUAAAAUUGACUAUGACAAUUGUUUGUGCGCAAGUUCCCGAUUAUCCAAACCAAAAGUCGUUUCUGCCUCUCUCUCUAUAUCAUUGACAGUGACCUUUGUCUGUCCUCUUCCCCACUUUCUAACCUAGAACACUCUCAACACUCAAACUGGUGCAAGUUACAUCAUUGAUCGGGCACAUUUAAAAUUGCUAACAAAGGAAAUCCUACUUCUAAGCUUCAAAAACACAAGAUACGAAAUACAGUUGUUGUGGGAGCUUCAUAAAAUGACAAAAUGGACUGUUCGUUUAAUUCAAAAAUACAUCGCAAUGAGAAGUUCGAGACGUUAUUCUCGGGAAUAUCACAAUUUUUCAGAAAAUGCCAGAAGUAGAUAUCGCAAAUAUGUAAUCACUGGUAUCACUACUGGAGGAUUGGCAGCAGUGGCCAUUGGAAGUAGUGACGACAAAAAUGUAGUUUUAACUGCUAGUGGACUAGUCAGGCUUGUGAGGUCUAUGAAAGUAGGUUUAACUAUAUCACUCGACUAUUACAUUUCAAUGUUGGGCCAGUCAGAAGAUGAUCCAAAUUACAAAUCCAAGAUGAGUCAAAUACACCUGAGAUGCGCGGAAAGACUUAGAGACGCCUGUCUACAAAAUGGAGGAACUUACAUCAAACUGGGACAGGGUUUGGUGUCUUUGAGUCAUAUUUUACCAAGAGAAUAUGUUAGUACUUUGAAAGUACUUCAGGACAAAUGCCUAUGUAGAAAUAAUGAAGAACUUUAUGAAGUAUUUAAAGAAGACUUUGGAAAAUCGCCCGAAGACAUUUUUGAAACCUUCGAUUGCAAUCCAAUAGCAGCUGCCAGUAUAGCACAAGUUUUUGAAGCAACAACCAAACAAGGCAAAAAAGUCGCGGUAAAAGUCCAAUACAACGAUCUUCAGAAACGCCUGAACGGCGACAUAAUGACGAUAAAUUUGUUACUGAAAAUCGGCACUUGGUUUCAUCCUAAAGUAGAUUUCACGUGGAUUUUGAACGAUUUUGAAGAGGCGCUGAAACAAGAGCUGGAUUUUGUGAAUGAAGGUAGAAAUGGAGAAAGAUGCGCCAAAGAUUUAAGUCAUUUCAAUUAUAUUCACGUGCCGAGAGUUUUGUGGGAGUACACUAAUACGAGAGUGUUGGUAACUGAAUUCAUAGAGGGAAUCAAAAUAAGUGACACUGCAAAGCUAAAAAAAGAGGGAUUUUCAUUAGUCGAUAUAAACUAUAAAUUAUUUGAAACAUUUGGAUAUCAAAUUUUUCAAACUGGCUUUGUUCAUGCAGAUCCGCAUCCUGGAAAUGUAUUGGUUAGAAAAUGUAAUGGACAAACAGAAUUAGUAAUUCUCGAUCAUGGGCUGUAUCAAACAACCACGAAGGAAGAAAGGAUGGCUCUGAGCCAUUUUUGGAAAGCCAUCGUGCUUGCCAAUCAUGAUAAUAUGAAAACUUAUUCCAAGUCUUUAGGAGUUGAUGAUUACAUAAUGUUGGCAGAAGUAAUCACUCAGUCGCCUCUAAGAUCGACAAAUUUCAAAUUGAAACAAAAAUUAAAUAAAGAUGAGGAAGACUAUAUGGCAAAAGUUGCUGGUGAACGUUUCGAUAUGAUUGUUAACUGUCUGCAACAAAUGCCACGUUCAUUAUUGUUAAUUGUCAGAAAUCUUAAUACCAUCAGAGCAAUUUCAUAUGAUCAUGGUUGUCCCAUAGACAGAUACGCAGUUUUGGCUAGGAUGGCGACAAAAGCUUCAUUCCAGACUCAUGGAAAAGGAAUUUUGAAGAAAGCGCUCGUCUAUCCGCAAAAAGUUUGGUUUGAGACGAAUUUGUUUAUCAUAAGGAUAGUUACUUUUUGGAGAAUGCUCAUUUUGGAUGUUCUCCAUAAAAUGGGAUUGGCUCCAGAUGUACGAGCCAUUAUGAAAGAAGUGGCUUAUGAAUUUCAGUAAACAAUUUUGCCAUAAGUAUUUUCAGCUUUAACAAGGUGGAAAAGAAAGCAAGUAAUUGUUGUUAUAUUUAUUUAUGGUUAAUUGUUAAAUAAAUAAAAUUUUG